AAUUGGUAGAAAACUGGAUACACAGUUUGCGAUACAAGAAUCAGAUUUCAAAAACUUCUGGAAAUGAUCGGCUGGAUAGCUGCUGUUGUAGGUUUGCUGUUGUUGUAUUAUCUUUAUAUACCAAUACCAAGGGAAGCAACCGAACCAUGGAAACUGUAUUUUACAUCUAUUGUAAUGAAAAUCCAGGGGGAUUUGAUAAUGAUGUAUGCUCUUCUUACAAAGAAAAAGAUCCAUGACGUUAUGAGGAUUUCACUUCAUCGCUGUAUAUCCUUCUUUGUUUAUUUCCAGCCAAAAAAUCAAGGGAUAGAGGUAUUUUAAAGAAGAAGAAGCUAACUUUGAUGGUGUCUUGGUCAGAAUAUUCAAACCAACAAACAUGGAAGGCCUGAUUCCUGGUAUUGUGUAUAUUCAUGGAGGUGGCUGGUAUAUUUUUAAGACAAAAACAUAUUCUUAUUUUACCAAACUUUUGUGUAAAAAGUCAAAUGCGGUUGUAGUAUCGAUUGAAUACAGACUGGCUCCAGAAAACACCUUUCCUGUACCUUUUGAAGAUUGUUUAAAUGCUACAAAAUAUUUUCUAACAAAUGCACGGAAAUAUAAUGUAAAUCCUGAUAAAGUCGGAAUUGCAGGUGAUAGUGCGGGAGGGAAUCUUUCAAUGGCAGUUGCAUUGAAGUUAGCUAUUGAACCAACUCUAGAUAUUCCAAAAUUGGCUUACCAGGUUUUAAUAUAUCCCUGCUUGCAAGCACACGAUUUUAACCUUUCAUCUUUCAGGGAAAAUAAUAUUGACAGAAAUACUCAUUGUGGUUUAACACGAAAUGCUAUGAUAUUGUUUAAUAACCUUUAUGCGUUUGGAAAUUAUGAAAACUUCAUGGCUUUUUCAAAUAAUACUCACGUUACAGCAGCAAUGAAAAAGAAAUACAGAGACAGAGUUGACCCAAAAUGUUUACAAGGCAGAUAUCGAAUGGAACCAAACGACGAUACAGAGACCGACAAUACUGAGUUAGCCAAUCAAAUUUCAGAAAUAAUCUUCAAUCCAUAUUUUGCUCCCUUGAUGGCAACUGAUGCACAGCUUGGAAAAUUACCAAAUACGUUAUUGAUAACUUGUGAAUACGAUGGAUUAAGAGAUGAAGGUUUGAUAUUAAAUGAACGGAUGAAGGCUAUCAAUCAUCCAAUCAAACAUUUACAUUUGUCGGGAUCAGAACACGGAGUUCUCAUUUACCCAUAUUACAAUGUAUACAAGAGUUCUGUUGACAGAAUCGCUUUCUACAUCCGGGAAAACACAAAGUGAUUGCUGAUACAUAUGUACCUCUAAAGUUAUGUUUUCUAUCAUCAUUUUUAAAGCAGCUAGUAGACAGGGCGGCAAAUUAAAUCGUGU